GCAGAAGAAGCUCCGGAAAAGCAAGAGUCGCUGCAAGUAAAAGUUUGAGCAGCACAAUUAAGUCAGUCCAGCUGAAGAGGACCCUGGGGCUGUUUUCAAGGCUGGCUGUUCACAAGAUGGCUCCAACUAACGCCUUCAAUCAGUUCUCUUCACAAGCCGGAGGCAGCUGUCCUCUGGAGUCGGAGCUUCGAGCAGUGCUGCAGCAAAGGAUCAUGGUUCUAGACGGUGCAAUGGGAACCAUGAUCCAGCAGCAGCAGCUCCAAGAAGAAGAUUUCAGGGGAAGCAAGUUUAAAGACCACCCGCUGCCACUGAAGGGCAACAACGACGUUCUCAGCAUCACGCAGCCAGACAUCAUUUACAAAAUCCACAAGGAGUACCUGCAGGCGGGUGCUGACAUCAUCGAGACCAACACAUUCAGCAGCACCUCCAUCGCCCAGGCGGACUAUGGACUGGAACACAUGGCUUAUUCCCUCAACAAGGCAUCAGCAGAGUUGGCAAGGAGGGCAGCUGACGAUGUCACCAAACAAACCGGUUGUAAACGCUAUGUGGCUGGGGCAGUGGGUCCCACCAAUAAAACCCUGUCUGUGUCACCAUCUGUGGAGAAACCAGACUUCAGGAAUAUCACGUUUGAUGAGCUAGUAGAAGCCUAUGUAGAGCAGGUCCGAGGCUUAUUGGAUGGAGGAGCAGACAUAAUUCUGGUGGAAACCAUCUUUGACACUGCCAACGCUAAGGCUGCCUUGUUUGCCAUCGACCUGCUGUUUGAAAAGAGCUACGAGAGAAAGCCUAUAUUUAUCUCGGGGACGAUCGUUGACAGGAGUGGCCGAACUCUGUCGGGUCAGACAGGAGAGGCUUUUGUAGUGAGUGUGUCCCAUGCUAAACCCCUGUGUAUUGGUCUGAAUUGUGCGUUGGGGGCGACGGAGAUGAGGCCGUUCAUUGAGGCCAUAGGAAAAAGCACCACAUCUUUCAUUAUCUGUUAUCCCAAUGCAGGUCUUCCCAACACAUUCGGAGGGUAUGAUGAAACGCCACAUGUAACAGCCUCCAAUUUAAAGGAGUUUGCUAUGAGUGGACUGGUGAAUCUUGUGGGAGGUUGUUGUGGGACCACUCCAUCACACAUCAGAGCCAUAUCUGAAGCAGUCAAACACUGCCAGCCAAGAGCUCCUGCUGCUGACGUUUAUCAAAACUGCUUGCUGCUCUCAGGUUUGGAGCCGUUCAGGGUUGGCCCCUACACCAACUUUGUCAACAUUGGCGAGCGCUGCAAUGUGGCUGGAUCACGCAAAUUUGCCAAGCUGAUCAUGGCUGGAAACUACGAGGAGGCUCUGAGCAUUGCUAAGGCCCAGGUGGAGAUGGGAGCCCAAGUCCUGGAUAUAAACAUGGAUGAAGGGAUGCUGGAGGGGCCAACAGCCAUGGCCCGAUUUUGUAACUUCAUUGCAUCUGAGCCAGAUGUCGCACGGGUUCCUCUGUGUAUUGACUCCUCUAAUUUCUCAGUGAUUGAGGCUGGACUGAAAUGCUGUCAGGGGAAGUGUAUAGUCAACAGCAUCAGUCUGAAGGAGGGAGAGCAGGAGUUCCUGCUCAGAGCUGCCACUGUGAAGCGCUACGGUGCUGCUGUGGUGGUCAUGGCCUUCGAUGAGGUGGGACAGGCCACAGAUGCAGACCGUAAGGUGGAGAUCUGCACUCGAGCCUACAACCUGCUGGUCAGCAAAGUGGGAUUCGACCCCAAUGACAUCAUCUUUGACCCAAACAUCCUCACCAUCGGUACGGGCAUGGAGGAACACAAUGACUACGCUGUCAACUUCAUCAGGGCCACCAAGCUUAUCAAGGAAACUUUGCCAGGAGCCAAGGUGAGUGGAGGCCUUUCCAACCUGUCCUUCUCUUUCCGAGGAAUGGAGGCCAUCAGAGAAGCUAUGCAUGGGGCAUUUCUCUACCACGCUAUCAAGGAUGGGAUGGAUAUGGGGAUAGUGAAUGCUGGGAACCUGCCGGUCUAUGACGACAUUGAUAAGCAGCUGCUGCUACUGUGUGAAAACCUCAUCUGGAACAGAGAUGCUGAAGCUACUGAGAAACUACUGGCCUAUGCACAGAACAUUGUGAAAGGGGGCAAGAAGAUUGUUCAGACAGACGAGUGGAGAGAAGGAAGUGUGGAGGAGAGGUUGGAGUAUGCUCUUGUCAAGGGAAUAGACAAGUACGUGGUGGAGGAUGUGGAGGAGUGUCGGGCUCAGACUGACCGCUACACUCGGCCUCUUCACAUCAUCGAGGGGCCCCUGAUGAACGGCAUGAAGAUUGUUGGAGAUUUGUUUGGAGCUGGAAAGAUGUUCCUGCCACAGGUGAUCAAGUCUGCUCGUGUUAUGAAGAAGGCAGUGGGUUAUUUGAUUCCUUUCAUGGAGGAAGAGAGGAAGGAGAAGAUGGCUUUAUCAUCAACAGCUGAGGACAUGGAUCCCUAUCAGGGAACCAUAGUUCUGGCUACAGUGAAGGGAGAUGUUCAUGACAUUGGCAAGAACAUUGUAGGUGUGGUGCUGGGUUGCAACAACUUCAGAGUGAUUGACCUGGGCGUGAUGGUUCCCUGUGAUCGGAUUCUCAGAGAGGCAGUCACACAGAAAGCAGAUAUUAUCGGUUUAUCUGGUCUCAUCACCCCCUCUCUAGAUGAGAUGAUCCAUGUGGCCAAAGAGAUGGAGAGACUGGGAAUGACAACACCACUGCUGAUUGGAGGAGCCACCACAUCAAAGACGCACACAGCAGUGAAGAUUGCGCCUCGCUACAGUUCUCCUGCUAUCCAUGUUCUGGACGCCUCCAGGAGUGUAGUGGUGUGCUCACAGCUGCUGGAUGAGGCAGUGAAGGAGGAGUACUUUGACGACCUGAAAGAGGAGUAUGAGGAUAUCAGGCAGGAGCACUACGACUCCCUGAAGGAUCGUCGAUAUCUCUCUCUCUCCCAAGCCAGAGAGAAGGCUUUACACAUAGACUGGCUGUCUCUGUCCAAACCAGUGCAUCCUCAGUUUCUGGGCACUCGUGUGUUUGAGUACUUUGACCUAAACAGUCUGAUGGACUUCAUCGACUGGAAGCCUUUUUUUGAUGUCUGGCAGCUGAGAGGAAAAUACCCAAACAGAGGAUACCCCAAGAUCUUCAAUGACAAGACUGUUGGGUCCGAGGCUCGCCGAGUCUUUGAUGAUGCCCAGCGCCUGCUCAACCAGAUUUUUGACGAUUGCAGUCUGAAGGGGAGGGGCCUGGUGGGCUUCUGGCGUGCUCAGAGUAGUGGUGAUGACAUUAAUGUCUACAAAGAUGAUGUGACGGUGUGCAGAGACACCAAGCCCAUUGCCACAUUCUGUGGCUUACGGCAACAGGCAGAGAAGGACAGCCACAGCUCAGAGCCUUACCUGUGUGUGUCUGACUUCAUUGCCCCUGUGGACAGUGGUGUGGCAGACUACAUUGGUGUCUUUGCUGUCGGUGUGUUUGGAGCUGAGGAGCUAAGUCAACAGUUCCAGGCUCAGGGAGACGACUACAACAGCAUCAUGGUCAAAGCUCUGGCUGACCGACUGGCUGAGGCAUUUGCUGAGGAGCUCCAUGCUCGUGUGCGCAAGGAGCUGUGGGGUUACAGCGCUGAUGAGGCCCUGCAUGCCUCAGACCUUCAUAGAGUUCGAUACCAGGGCAUCAGACCUGCAGCCGGCUACCCCAGCCAACCUGAUCACACAGAGAAGACCACCAUGUGGAACCUGGCUGGUGUACAGGAAAAGAUUGGUAUUUGCCUGACAGAGUCUCUGGCCAUGACUCCUGCUGCUUCGGUGUCUGGACUUUACUUCUCCAACCCUCAGGCCUCAUACUUCGCAGUGGGAAAGAUCACCAAGGAGCAGGUGGAGGACUACGCCAGGAGGAAAGAGACAAGUGUGGAGGAGGUGGAGAAAUGGCUGGCGCCCAUCCUGGGUUAUGACAGUGAGCCAUAGACGGAUCAGAGCAGAGAGUCAGGUUUACAUCAGAACCAUUCCACUGUGGCUCACAUACGUUGUCACUGUGGGUACUGACACAGGGACCACUGACAUUCCAGAGAAUAUUAUUUACUCUGAUACAAACGCUCAGCAUUUUACUCAAUCACUAUGUUUCUACAAAUACACUGUUGAAUGACAACAUGACAUCUUCAUUGAGUUUCAUGAUUAUCAACAGUGUAAUUCUGUCAGCUUUAGAUACGGAGAGAAAUUGUCUGUAGCCAGUCAUGUGGUGUCACAUCACAUUCUUUUGUGUCUUACUAGAAUUUUACUUAGUGUUAAGAUCCCUGUGUUGGAUCAAUUGUGAAAUCAAUAUCAGUGCCUAUAUAAUUGCUGACUUUUGUAACUACACACUACUACACUUGUAGUACAACAUUUUAAACGUUUCCUAUUUGGGUCAUUCCCUCUUAAAGCAACAGAUUUUUAGAACUAUUUUUGCUCCUCCACCUCGGUUUGGGAGAAUGUAUUUUUUAAACAUAAAUUAAAUAUUUUUAAAGAUAUUUGUGAAAUUUAGGCUUGAUAUAGCAAAUGCUUUGCGAGACGAUUUUUAAAUGUAUUUCAAAACUGCCUGCUGACCCACUUUUGACACUUUUUUUUUUUUGCGCAUUUAAAUUUGAGGCGAUAUUUUAACCCCGAUAUCUCAUGAACUAUUUGAGACACCAACUCUUCAUAUGGAUCAGAGGGAAUGUAAAGCAUAAAGCAAAGGAACGCAAAACAUAUUGCAAAUAACGUGAAUAAGAUCAUUCUUGCUUUGACCAUUUUGGGGUUCUGUAGAAAAGGCCACGUAUAUGAAAAAGAAGCUUUAAGAUAAGUCAAUAAUCGUAUUUGUUUCAACUGAUAUUUUUGACAUGAUUUAAUAAUAGUUUUCAGUCAUUCUAGAAACUGUUGAAGUAUAGCUCAGGCCUUCAGAUAUCUGAAGCUACAACAAAUAAUAUAACUUCAUCCUUACAUUUCUCAUUUCACGUGGAUGCAGUACUAAAAGUACUAAAACCUGCUAUUGAUAGUCUGAGCGAUAGUCUAGUCUGUAUGAACAGUUUGUCUUCCAAACAUGAUUUCACUCUACUCAGCAGCCAGUAAAUUCUAGUAAAACUUCAUCCAUCCAUCAUCUACACACCGCUUAAUCCUCAUUAGGGUCGUGGGAGGGCUGGAGCCUAUCCCA